GUGUGUUGCUGGUCGAUUGCUGUGAAUGAGAUUGGAUCGAUGUCUGUCCCCUGGUAAAGGAAACAGCAAACCAUGAAAACAUCUCUCUGCCAGCAUAGGCCUACAUGAAACUUAAUCUAAUUUGAAAACAGCCAUAAACGUCUGAAGUCGAACAUCUUUAAAAGUUGAAUCGUGACAGUACAGUUUCGGUGAACGACACGGCGUACACCAGCAGUAACAAGGACAGUUGCCUCUUGCUGGGUGGGUAGAGAAAGCAGACAGACAGACUUGUUGGCCUGCAGUACAGACAGUGAUUGCCAGUCGUUUAAAAUUUGUCAGCAAACAGCGUGAAGCCGGAGAAUUUUAAAGCUUAGACCUAAUAUCACAAAGUGAGGGGAAAGAGAGGCGAUAUCGAGGACCAUGAAGUUUUCAGCGGAUGGAAUGCCGCGCGGGUUGGGAGUAGCCAUGGUGUUGCUUGUCGUCCUUCUCGGUCAGCAGUGGCACCCGGUGAACUGCCAGAACACGUUCCCUCCAGAUUUGUUUCCGCUGCCCCACGUGUCUUUACCGUCUCCAUCUUCGAUGUGUCUGCCGGGCUACUGCGAGCACGGAGGCACCUGUUACGGCGUACACGAACACCCCGUCUGUGUCUGCUCUGGUCCCUACGUGGGCGAGCGUUGCGAAUACUUUGAUGGUUGCUUGAGCGAUCCCUGUGCUAACAACGGUCACUGCGAACUGUCAGUGUUAACCGGAAGCAACAGCACAUCGCUGUCCUGUAAGUGCCUAGACGGAUUCAGUGGGACCAUCUGUGGAUCAGUCACCACUGGGCAGACGCCUUGCUCCAGUAGACAUUGUGAAAAUGGUGGCACCUGUUACCAUGACAACACUGGAGCGUUCUGCGUCUGCACUGACGAUUUCUAUGGGACAGAGUGUGAGAACGACCAUCCUUGCAGUACCGUGCAGUGCCAGAACGGGGGGACCUGUAAUGCUGACCACGGGGAGCCCAUCUGUCUGUGUCCAUCUGGAUGGUGGGGCAGAACCUGCGAAUCGACCACCCUCACAGACCCUUGUAGUGUCUUGAAUCCCUGCCGCAAUGGAGGAACGUGCUUCAGUGGCCUUGACUUUGUCUACUGCAGCUGCUCCUAUGACUACGUUGGAGUCAACUGCGAGUUCGAGGUAACUACCGGCAUGCACGUCUGCGAGUCCUCCUCCAAUCCGUGUCAGAACGGCGCCUCUUGCGUCCGAGCGGGCAAUGACUUCUUCUGCCAGUGCUCCUUUGGAUGGUAUGGCCAAUACUGCGUGACGUCAAUCUCACCGUGCAGGGAUUACACUUGCCACAAUGGUGGGACUUGCUACGUGGCUAUCUCCACCCACUACCCCCGCUGUAAUUGUCAGCCUGGCUGGACGGGCAUCGACUGCUCGGACCCAGUUACCAUAGUUAAUCCCUGUGAUAACUUCAACUGCAGCAUGCAUGGGCUUUGCAGCAGCUUCCACACGUUCGCCUUCUGCAUUUGCGAUCCUGGUUGGGAGGGCGAGCACUGCGAGUCAGAGUAUACGGACCCCUGCCAUUCCAACCCUUGCAUGAAUGGUGGCGUUUGUUUAAGUUACAGCAGUUACAGCUAUUUUUGUUACUGUUCAAGUGGCUGGGGAGGUGAAAGGUGUGAAAUAGCCUUUCCUACGUCCUGUGAUGAGCUGGAUUGCCAGAACGGUGGAACGUGUGACGAUUUUUUUGGCGAGCCAUACUGCAUUUGUAGCAGUGGUUGGCAAGGACUGAAUUGCUCUGAAGUGGACCCCAUCUGUAGUGGCAUGCCUUGUCUGAAUGGUGGAACAUGCGAUUCCUUCUUUGGAAUCUAUUCUUGCUACUGUCCACUGCAAUAUACCGGACACAACUGUGAAACUGAAUUGGAUGCUCACAUUUGUGACAGCUGGAUCACCGACCCAUGCGAGAAUGGAGGAACUUGUGAAAGAAUUGGGAGUACCUACUUCUGCCGAUGUCCCAUCGGCUGGGGAGGNCUGAACUGCUCUGUAUCCAUUUCCCCCUGCAGUUCACAUCCCUGCCUGAAUUCAGGCACCUGCCGCGCGUCUGACAGUGGCACUGCUGUGUGUGAAUGCCCGUAUGGAUACAGUGGAGACUAUUGUGAGACGGAAGAUAACUCUGGGGCAUGCCAGUCUGGCACUUGCCAGAAUGGCGGGACGUGCUACUCUUUCCAUUCCCACUCGUAUUUCUGUGUAUGUCCACCUGGGUGGACAGGAACACACUGCGAAAUGAGUAGCAAUGUGAACCCCUGCGACACGUAUACAUGCUACAAUGGGGGAUCAUGUUUUGAUAGUUACGGAGUCCCCUACUGUACUUGCUACGGGGAUUGGACAGGACUUCGGUGUGAAACACCCAUCCAACCCAACGUGUGUGACAGUUAUGAAUGUUCAAAUGGAUACUGUUAUGAAUACCUUGGCCAGCCUCACUGUGAUUGUGACUACGGUUACACAGGGGAACAUUGUGAGACUGACUCUGACCCAUGCCAAAACUACUCUUGCAAUGAUCGCGGCUACUGUAUUGGCUACUAUUACCCUUCCUGUGUGUGUUACGAAGGCUGGACCGGUGCUCGCUGUGAAACAGAGUACAUCGACCAAUGUGCAAAUGUCACCUGUCAGAAUGGAGGCUCCUGCUACUAUACCUUCAAUGAGGCAUACUGCUCCUGUCUUGAUCCCUGGACCGGCCCACGCUGUGAGACAGAGAUGGGUAGUCCGUGCCGUACCUACAACUGCACGAACGGUGGCUUCUGUCUAACUGACCUCUAUGGCGAUGCGUACUGUGCAUGUCCCCCUGGCACCACUGGCCAGUAUUGUGAGACACCGAUUGAGGAUAGCUGUAUCGCAGAUUUCUGCCAGAACGGAGGAACGUGCUAUGAUUUCUUUUUUCCUAUCUGCCUGUGCCCUGAUGCAUGGACUGGAUUACAGUGUGAGACUGAGAGCCCCUGUUCGUCUUCUCCUUGCAAGAAUGGCGGUUCCUGCAUACCUGACUUUAUCAACCCCAGUUCGUUUACCUGUUCCUGCAUUGGCGACUAUGCCGGCCCAACAUGUGAGGAUGAUCACCCGUGUGCCUCAAACCCCUGCCAAAAUGGUGGUACCUGUUUACUUAGUUUUUACUCGGACCUCGAUUUCACCUGCAGUUGCCGCAGGCCCUGGGGUGGAGUUCAUUGUGAGACACACGAGGACUGUGUCGGUGUGACUUGUUUGAACGGUGGAACCUGCUACAUCAGUGUGCGUGGGACCCCAGCCUGUAACUGCGUCUGGGGUUACACGGGUCACAGCUGUGAGACAGAUAAUAUUUGCGAUAUCACCGUGUGCCGCCACGGUGGAACUUGUGUCCAGCGAGGCGCCAACCGAGGAACAUGUGUAUGCCCACAAGGCUACUCUGGACAAUCCUGCGAGACAGAUACUGUUUGUGUUGACGGCAGAUGUUUGAAUGGAGGAACCUGCACAAACUUGGGAUCUGGGCGAGCGAGUUGCACAUGUCCCCCCUAUUUCAGCGGUCAACGAUGUGAAAUAGACACUGUCUGUGCCAACAAGCGAUGUUCAAAUGGUGCAACAUGUAUUAACUCAGGCUACGGUCGAGCAUUUUGCGAAUGCCGAUCAGGUUACACUGGAACAAGAUGUGAGAUUGCCUCUGGCUGCGAUGCAACGAAUCCGUGCAUCCACGGGACCUGCAAAGACGACGCUUCUGGAAAAGCCGUCUGUAGUUGUGAUAAAGGCUGGACUGGAGACUACUGUAGCAUUGGAGAUAAGAGUGUCGGUCCUGAUGCAAGAGGAGGCGAUCAUGCAUCCACAGGCCUGAUUGUGGGCGGGGCAGUGGCUGGUAUUGUUGCCAUAGUGAUCAUUGUCAUCUUGCUCUUCCUCAUCUACCGCACAGUUCAGAAGAGAAGACCCCGCACAACAGGUGAGCCCCAAACAGGUGCGACUGUCCCAGCCCCAGGCCCCAUCUACAGCACCCGUUUCUCAGUUCACAACACCCAGGCCAGCGGCCCAGCUUACAAUGCUAACGAUGGCAGGGUUACUGGGUUGCCAACAGGGGGCGCCAUCGGGGGGCCCAUACUGGAGAAAGAGCGGCCAGUCUCUGUGGAGAACCCCUACGAGCUACCCAAGCAGAUGCCGAGGACAGACGCAGACUUGGGCUACACCAACCCGGGCUACAACCCCGACCAGCCCCCUGCCUACAGCAGUCGGCCGACCUCAGCCGACCUGAGUGAAAAUCCUUAUGUCUCCUUGAAGCAGUAAGCACACCAUGAUCGAAAAGGACAGGCUUGGUAUAUCCCACAUGUCAAACCCCAAGAGGUUAGGCCGGCUGGAGUUAUUCAGCGGCAUCCUUCUGUUCGGCUAAUCAAAAAUUGCCAUUAAAAAUGGAGGUUUCCUUGCACGGAUGCAGCAGCGUAGGCUGAAAAAUUCUCAAGCUACAAUCAAAAAAAAAAUUUCACUAGUGCAAAUUUUACAAAAGGAGAUGAGAUUGAGCCAGAAACGGUUAUAAAAGUACUAGGUUGCUAGCUAGAUAUAUCAGAGUAUUGAUAUUGAUACAUGAGGUCAUAUUUUGUUCUUUAAAUUAACAUCUGAUUAAAAUUAAUAGGAAAAUAAUACAGACAAAAUAAAUUACAAAGAUGUCAUACUUCAAAAACUUGUGCACUGCAAGUUGCACAAUAAAAUGCAUGCAAUGAAAAUACUCAAAAAUAUUAUUAGGGUGUCACGAUGGCUAAAUCUAGAGAGUAUCUUAUAAAAUACAUAUAGAUAGAAAUAUACCCGUCAUUUGGUAAGUGAAAACUGUAAACUGAUUAAUUAUUUGACAAAAAAGUAUAAUUAUGUGUAGGCCCCAAAAAGUUAAUUCUUGCUUUCAAUGUGGCCGAAAUUUUAAUGUCAGUGCACAACAGUAGGGAUGUAGGAUUGCUUAAGGUGUUUUUUAUUUUUCUUGUUUUGCACUUAAUGCAGGUUUUACAUCAGUAUAAGUAUAUACUCAGAGACUUGCAGUUUAUUAUGUACAUAUAUUUUGAAAUGAAGAGUUUUUAUGGAGUGAAGUGCCAGUUAUUUGCUUUAGAGGUAUAUGUAAGAAGCAUGUUUUUGUUCUAUGUUGGUAGCGUGUAUGUACCUUUCUAGUCGCUUUUUGCUUUCAUGGAAUUAUUCCUAUGUCUCUGCAGUACUUUUUGUCAACUGGGGGUUGGCCAACCGUGGGCAGUAUACAUGAUACAGCAAAAGAACUCGUUGAAAAAAAACCUAACACCCUGUGUGUUCACACCGCGGUGUUGAUGCGUAUUGCUAACAAACUGUAUAAUAAAGAAGACACCGCCAAAAUUACCAACGUUCUGAAAUAAAGAGAGCAUUAAAAUUAAUGUGCCAUGUCAUUUUUAUCCAAACGAUCAUACGGCUGAAAUUUACAGUAAUUAACUGCUAGGCACUCCAGUGUUUAUCGACAAAAAUUAUCUGUUAGGUUGUAAAUGCGAGGUUUGAGGCUGCUGGUCCGGUCUCCCAUCUCCACGUAGUUUCUUUGCGGCGAUGAAUCGGUCGAGGUGUAUUUUUUUGGCCCAUCACUCCUAAGCCAGGCUGGAGAAUUAUAAGCUUUUGAAGUUGUAUAGAAAGUGUUAGUGGUUACACGUGAUCAAUGCAAAUUCCACAACUGUCAUUAACGGUCAUAACUCUCAUUAACGGCAACUGCUGACAGAAUUGUUUACUUUGAAGUGUGAACUGAGUUUAAAAAUUUACAUUGGGCGAAGGGGAAAAGUCAAACAUUAAACUAGCCAAUUCAGCCAGAUAGUCACAUUUUGUCAUGAUGAACUCCCUUGGUGAAUGUGUAUCGCAUUGUUGCAGUGCCAAUGGACUUGUCGUUCCAUUAUUUGCCUGAUGUAGAAAAAAAGUCACCAACGACUGCUCGGUAUGUUUACCUUUGUUGCAAUUGUGUGCCCAGUCGUUUACAUGUGUUGGCACUAGAAGUGCCGAAAAUAUCUCGUCUUCAUAUGGCAAAGUGAAAAGUUCAAAAUGUUUUACGGACUGUACCACGUGCAUCGAUGUGGAUUCUGUAGCCACUGCAGUAAAAUUGCCGUGGUUUCUUCAAAGUGUCUCCUUACCCGGACAGUCAUCCGAAAUUGGUCAGUCAUUUUCGUCAGAUGCAGGAUAUUCGUCUUCUGUCACCAUACUGCCAGGACUGGGAAAUAAGUUACCCUUAAUACUAUCAUUUGAUUUGUGAUAAAUUAGAUUAUGAUUAUGCUAAUUAUGCGUUUGACCAUACAUGCAUGUUCACAUGAUCAAACCUUGUAAUCUUCGGCGACAGUAUGUUAUUUGAAGUGUAUCGACUCGUAUGGAGCAACUGUUGAGAGUGGCAUUCUCUUAUGGCUUCGAAUGGAAAUGUUUCGAGUUUUGGUUGUUUCUAAACUCUUUGAAAAUGUGAUAUUUUUUGUAAGAAUAAUUUCUUUUUUUGACUGCACAUAGUCAAAUUAGACAUUUGUUCAGAGUUAGUUAACUUUGCUGGCUUUUAUGUGGCAGGUUUAUAUUCGCAAUCACUAUUUUAUAACGUGGCAUUUUUAUGUAAAAAAGGAUUUAUUAGGCCUACCAAAUAAAAAAGUAAGAUGCAAGAUU